GUCGUCUCCCGUCGGCCGUCGUUGUCGCGCGUGUGUGUGUGUACGUCGUUUGUUUUCACGUCCGUGGCCCGUGCGAUUGCGGCGAGACAACCGUCGCGACAGUUUUGUCGCGGCCGCGCAGUGGGGGGCCCACGUGACGUUUUGAAUUUCUUCCGUUUUUAUUUUUGUCCGCCGCCGAUUUUCGCGGAAGUCUACGCCGCUGUCCGUUCCGAAACUGAGGAGAUCUAUAUUUAAUCGCAUUCCAGCGGGGCACGGCAUCGGAGUACCGGACACAAGAUUUUUUUCGCUGGACCGUUUGGCCUAGUUUCAAGAAAAAGUUACGUAUUUAACGUAGGUACCUACUGUAGCUGCGAUAUCGUUACGGAAGCGUAAUAAUAAAUCGUAAAAGGUCGACGACUCGGCGAGCACGCGUGUGCGAGGAGAGUAUAUAGUAGUGCGUGUGCCCCGGGUGCGAUCGUCUCCCGUUUGUUUAUUGCCCGUGAAACGACUGCGACGUCGGGUGGAAGAGCGCGCGCGCCCCGACCGGAAAUGGAAAGAAAUCAUUAUUUUUCGGGUUCGUAUGACGGUCUGUCCGACGGCGACCAACAUCAUCACCACUUCUUCAAGAGUUCGUUCGCCAAGUCCAUGGCGCUAGAGACGACCAAGUCGCUGAACUUUGCCGAUCUAGAUAUGACCGGCAACGAACGGUACAACACUGUCGGAUCGCAGCGGCAGGUAAAUAGAAGACUUUCUCAAAGGUUUGAAACAAAUGAAAACAAUGAAUCAUUCGAAUUUAUUAAAAAAGAAUACAAACAUUUGCAAAAUCUUUACAACGACUUGCGUUCCAAACACGAAAAACUGAUGCAGAAAGAUGCCAAUGACCAGGCACCUUGCAUCGAGUUGACAUUGGCAAAAUCCCAAGUAGACACUCUUCAGUGGCAACUAAAACAGGUUGAGGCCAGUAAUCAAAUGUAUAAAGCAGUGUUGGAGCAAGUAUCUAAAUUCUUAGAAAAAGCACACACGUCUUUGAAUACAACCCUCGACAAACCUAAUUUGCCCAUUAAAAAUAGGAGACCAUCAUUGAAGAGUAAUAAAGGUGAAUAUACCGAAAAGCUCUCGCUAGAAGCUUUUAGGUUGUAUCGCACUGUCCAGUCUAUAAUUCAUACCAAAGAACCAGAUCUAGUCCAACACUUGACACCAUGCUAUAGUACAUUAUUUGAAAAGAACAGCAACUCUUCACUUUGCAGUUGUGAUUCUUUACCAGCUGUGUGUAAUGGUGUGAAAUGCUUGGAAGUUUCUAGUAGUAGUUCAAACCACAGUGAAACAUCUAUAAAAGGAUCAGACUUUUUCAAGAAAGAAAAUAAGCAAAAGAAUAAUGUCAUAGAAGAUGAGAGUGGUUUCUCAUCAAUCAGUUCACACGAUAACAGUAAUUCUCCUACUUACCCCGAAUUGGGAUUGCCACCAACCGGACAUUUCCCAAUUGAUAAAGUUUCAAGAAGAUGGAGUUCUGUGUCUACUACGCCUAUUAAUCAAUCGUUCAAUUACCACACGACUGGAAGUUCAAACACUUCGCCACCUAUUAAAGUUUGUUGGGUAUAAAUUUACAAUUAAGUGUACAAUAUAAAAUAUUGUAUAUAUGAAAGACUUACGUAUUCAGUAAUUUAUUUUUAUUUAUUGUUUUCAUUAAUUUUAGUUAAUUUGUUUGGAAGUAUAAGCUGUAAUUGGCAUGCUUAAUUUUUUUUUAUAUCAUGUUUUUCAUAAUCUUAAUAGUUAAUUUCUAAUGACUGUCACAUUUUUUUAUUUGAAUAUUUUUAUUUUUGCUGUUCUAAUUUACAUAUUAUUAUAGCUUUAUCCUUCACUUUGUUUUGCUUAAUAAUUUAUCAUUAGUUAAUUCAGAAUAAUUUUAUAUUUUAUUUUAAUGAUAUAUAAUUUAUUAUUUUUGUUGUACGCAGGAGAAUUGUACAUUAAUCAAUAAUUCUUUUUUAAUUUGAAAUAUCAUAAUAUUAGGAUGUAUAAACGUAAAAAUAUAUAUAUUAUAUAUGUUUAUAUAUACCUUUAUGAAAUGUA